AGAAAUAUAACGGAAUAUGAAGGAAUAACACAUGCAAUAAGCAGUAUAGGACACAUAGUUUUUUAAAAUGCAUUUCUUUUUCUAAAAACACUGGAUUCUAAAUUAUUUUGUGAUGCCUGUCCUGGAGAGAAUAACAGCAGAUUCUCUAAUGUCUGACAAGGUUGGUGACAUUUGUAAAGUUAUCUCUGUCCAUUGCUACAUGCAGAAUAUUCUUUAUCGUUAGGUUUGUGCAUGUGGAAAUCCCUCAUCAGUUCAGAUCACAGGUUUGUAAUAGGGUCCAAAUCCAGACGUUGAGAUUGUCCUUGCAAAAUGUUGCUUUUGUGUUUAUCCAUUUAUGUGUUGAUUUGGAAGUAUGCUUGGCUCAUCUUUUUCAAAAGCCCUAUGGGCCAGUCUGGACCUCCUGGCAGAGGCAGUCAGGCUUUGGGCUGAAAUAUCAUCAUGCCAUCAAUGUUCACAAGAAUCCCUGAACCACUGCCUGCAAAACAGCUCCAAAACAUCAAUGAUACACCACAAUAAGUUUUUUUUUCCUUGUAUGCUGAUGGUGUGACUAACCAUCGUUUGGCAUUUUGAUCUCAUGCCCACAACACACGAUGCCAAUUGUAGUUUAAUAACACUUGGUGAAUUUCAGGCUCUGCAAAUCAUUAGAUGCUAUCAGGAAGGGUUUGUUUCUUGCAAACCUGACAACUGCAAUAUUGAACUAAACUAUAAUUCUAAAACUGUGAUUUUUUGGCUCUUUUUCCCUCCUUCCCCAUCCUCCUGACUAUGUUCAGGGACAGUGUGCUCAGGGGUCCAAUUAAUGCCAUGUUUUCACCUGUUUUAAACAUGGGAAACUUUUUGUCAUGGAGUUAAUUGUGAGUAAUGGUAUUUUUAACUUUGUUUUUCCAUGGUAAUGUAUGAAAAGAGGUUUUACAUGUGUGCAAUCUCAUAUUUAUACACCUGGAGAGUUCCUGUGGGAAAUGAUACAAGUUUUGUUAGAACAAAGAAACAAAGUUUCUCUUUUCAUUUAAGUGGAAAAUAUGAAGUAAUGUUUAUUUCCUAUAUUUUAUGAAGGGUUUCAGUAAUUCUGGAGGGCCCUGGCUCAUUUAUAUCUUUCUAUUACAUGCAGAAUUAAUCUAUGUAUGAUCAUUUCAGUUGAUAUGUUGUUUAAAGUUUACUUUCCUAAAAUAAUCACUAGGUGGAGAUCCUACUCUUUCAGAACCCUUCACUGAAGGAUGAGUGAUCAGCUUGCAUUGAAAUGGCAGCUGAAGAUGUGCGGUCGCUUCAGAGCCAUUUCGCCUGUCCCUCUAAUUCCUCUGGCUCCUUCGUCACUAAUGCGGAUAAUGGUUUAUCUCUGGAAGAUAUUUAGACACACACUAGGGCAGCUGAGGUAUUUAUAGCAAAUAUUCUUUUUGGAGCAUACUAAGUGGGGAUAUGCAUUUACAAAUGAAGAAACAACUAAUUUGUGUGGAAACAUGGAUUCUGAAGUAGAUUUUGUAUAGGAGACUCAGGCAUUGAUCUAACAGGAACUCCCAAACAGAGACAUGUUGUCCUCUAGCCCACAAUGACUAUCUAGAGCAGAGUACAUUUACAUUUACAUUUAAGAGUUCAACCAAGAAGUGCAGAGAGCAUUUUCGGUAUGGAGCCCUAUGGACUGAUGCCAGACCACAGCCAGUUUCAGACUGGACUGGACAGAUCAUCUGCUGGAUGGCAAAAGCCCACUCACUCCCGGAGCAGCAGCACUGCAUCCUCUCGUCACUCACGACAGAAUAUAAAAGACUGGGAGAUAAUGGAUGAUCUGCAGGCGGAUUUUGGUGCCAGUGGUGAGACCAUGCAGGAUAUGAGUCCUCCUGGCAUCUGUGAAGGCUACUUGAUGAAGAGGAGAAAAUGGCCUCUCAAAGGCUGGCACAAGAGAUACUUCGUGUUGGAAAAAGGGAUUCUCCAAUAUUCAAAAAACCAAUAUGAUAAUUCUAAAGGGAAAUUAAAUGGGUCAAUGGACGUCAGUCUCGCAGUGAUGUCAGUAAACAGAAAGGCAAGACGGAUAGACUUGGAUACUGGAGACAGUCUCUAUCACAUCAAGGCAAAGAACCAUGAUCUGUAUUACAUAUGGGUGACCAAACUGAGUGCCCAUCGGAUGUAUAAGAGGAACGAGGCAGCACAUGUGCAUAACAGCUUGCUGCAGGCCCUGUCUCAUAGCAGAAAGGUGCUUCAGGGAAAUGGUGCCAUGCAAGAUAUGUUCCCGAACAUGUCUGACUCUUACCCGGGUGAUGUGGCAGCUCAGAGUGAAGACCUGCAUGUUGCAGACACUGGAGUCAAUGGGAAAGUGUGCGCCUGGCUGCAGACGGCCCAGGACCCAGACAGCUGCACUCAAGAACUGAACCGCUGUCAAACAGACCUGAAUGAUUUGAAUCGGUUGGUCCAGAAGCUGCACACUCUGGAGUUAGACAAGGCUGUUAGCAAUGGAGAACUAAAGAGGAUCAUCAGCAUGCAGAAUCUUUCACUUGAAAAGCCCAAGAAGAAAUCUGGCAGGAUAUGGGGACACUCUCAUACACUUGGAGUGUUCUCAUCGUCCCACCUGGGUGCCUCGGUACCCUCCAUCCCUGACUAUGUCUACACCCAGCUUACUCCCUCAGCCUCCUCUAGCUCCCCUGAAAGCAGAAAGCUCUACCAGGACAUCUGCUCUAUGUCCCAAAGAGUGCAUGCCUCUCUGAGGUCUGUGCAUGAGGCUCUGUCUCAGGAGCGCCAGAGGCUACAGGACACCUGGUCCAGCAGCGAGCUUCGCCAGAACACUUCUGCUCAAAUUAACGACAUAUGUAGCACCCUGACUGAGUUAGAUGUGAAGUCCCGGCAAACACAAAUCCACACAAGGUCAGUGUGCUCUGACUCCUCUGAGGAAUCCUACCACACUGUGACCCUGAGAAAGUCUGAAUCAGUAUGCCGUUCCUCAGUGGCAGACUCCGUGGCGGAGUAUUUUGAUGCAUAUGAUGAAAUUUGUAGAAGUUUCUCCGAGGCAUCAGAUGAGUCGGGUCUGAGUGAUGCCUCCAGUAAUUCAGAGCCUGAGGAAGACCAUGUAACAGCAACACGGAAGUACCGUGCCAGUCUUUCCAAAGCAUCAGCAAAACCCAGCUGGAUCUUGGGGAGCACUGGCCACCGCACCAAACUGCCUGCCGUUUGCCCUGAUAACAGUCACGUAGGCCUUAUAGCCAUCCUUUAUAACAACAUCGGGAAGGACCUCUCACGUGUGUCCAUGCCUGCAGCCCUGAAUGAGCCUGUCAAUCUACUUCAGAGGCUCUGUGAGGAACUGGAGUAUUCAGAGCUACUGGACACAGCCAACUGUACUGACGACCCCUACCAGAGAAUGGUGUACAUUGCUGCCUUUGCUAUCUCUGGCUAUUCUACAGCUCAGUAUCGAAACCGUUAUAAGCCCUUUAACCCAGUUCUGGGAGAGACAUUUGAGUGCGUAAGGGAAGACAGAGGUUUCCGCUAUAUUAGUGAACAAGUUUGUCAUCACCCACCCAUCUCUGCUUGCCAUGCUGUCUCUGACAACUUCUGCUUUUGGCAGGAUCAGCGAUGGAAGAAUAAAUUCUGGGGAAAGUCUUUGGAGAUAAUGCCAGCAGGAAUGGUGAAUGUGACUCUAUCAAGGUAUGGAGACCACUAUGAAUGGAAUAAAGUGGUGACGUGCAUUCACAAUGUCCUGAGUCAGCAGCGCUACCUAGAGCACUAUGGAGAGGCAACGAUCCGCAACCUGAACAGCUCAGUCUGUACCUGUAAGAUCACAUUUGUUAAGUCUCGCUAUUGGGGCUCAGAUGCAAAUAAAAAUGAGGUUCAAGGCCAAGUAUUAGACCAGAGUGGUAAUGUAGUGCACCGAUUUGGAGGAUUCUGGCAUGAGGGGAUAUUCUGUGAUACACUACCCAAUCCACAAUGUAUUUGGAAGCCAUAUCCUCAGCCUAAGGACUACAUGCUGUACUACGGAUUCUCCAGCUUUGCAAUGGAAAUGAAUGAACUGACCCCUGAACUUGACACUUUGCUACCCCCAACAGAUACACGCCUGCGUCCAGACCAGAGGAUGUUGGAGGAAGGCAGGGUGGAGGAGGCAGACAAAAAGAAAGAUGAGGUGGAGGAAAAACAGAGAGAGCGGAGGAAGAUUUUGGCCAAGAGAGGAGAGCAGCAUAUCCCUCGUUUCUUCAGGAAAUCCAUUGAUGCAGUUGGUAGAGAAGUGUGGCUCACUAAUGGAACUUACUGGAAGCUCAGAGAGAAUCCUGGAUUCAUGAACAUGAAAAACGUGGAAUUAUGGUGAAGUCUCAGUAGAGUUUGAGACUUUGGACUGCAAAACUUUGGACUUGAACAAAAAAGCAAAUUGUAGAGUGCAGAUGAACUGCCCAAAACAGACUGGGCAAGGAUAAAGCUCUUAACUAAAGACCAAGCUUUUCUCUUGCUCCCUGCUGAAGUAUUCAGGCUUUCACUUCUUUUACGGCUGGACAGUUAAACCAAUAUAUAUUUAGGGGGUUAAUCCAUCUCUGCAUCAACCUUCUACUGCAAAAUGAUAGCUAUGAAAACAAGACACAUGAACUUGGGAAGAUUGUUGUGUUCUGUUAGUGCGUUUCAUCAACACCAUGUGGGUUGUAGCAAAAAAUAUGGGCUAUUUUGUAGCUUAUGCUAGAGGGCUGUGUGGGACUGUUUCUGUAAUCUCACUCCCACCUAUUCCCAUUGGAAUUCUGACCAAAUCCCAUCCAUUUCUUCAGUUAUUAUUUUUGUUUACACCUGCCUGUGAUCUUUUCUAAUGAACCCAGUUUGUUUUAUGUCCUAAAUUCUAAGCAAAUGUGUAAUUUAAACUUCAGUGACCCUGAUGAGGAUCAUCAGUGAAGAUGAAGAGCCACUCCUGCCUGUAAGAGUAACACUGGCUGUUUUUGUUGGGUCCCAUGGGAUCCCAGUCCUGAUGCACACUUCUAGCUUAAGCCAUAACUGAUGCAUAUUAGUCACAUUUUUAAACAUGUUUUAAUGGUGAAGGUCAUUUACCUGUGUAACUGAAAAAAGGAGUGAAGAGAUAUAUUGGAGCACACAGCUUUUUAUAGUACUCUGGCAGUACAAUAACAAAAAAUGGGACUGGGUUGUGUGACAGGGUCAUACAUUUGUUUUCAAGGAACAUAUAUUUCUUAUUAGUUUAUGCACAUAUCGCUCUUAUGAUAACACAUGGUAAGUAUUUACUUAUAAUAAAGGGGGUUGAUGAAUUAAUUGCAGGAUUGAUCUUGCUACUUUACAAGAAACUUGAUUUUAUUGCAUGUGCAUGGAUUUUUGAAAGGCAUCACUCUAGAGAUGCUUCCUGUAAUAGGAUUUAUUCUAAGUGGGAUUAGAAAAAGCACUUCCUCAUCCUCAAAG